AUGCUUUUUGCAGUGCCAGUUGCAUUUCUGACAAUUUUAUUUUCAACAUCCAAUGCAUAUGUUGUUGCAGUUUCACGUGAGACAAAACUUCUCCAAAUCGAUGCAGAAAUUUUAAAGCCGAUACCAAAAGUAAAGGUCACCCUUGAAAUCCUCUACAAAAUAUCAGGUUUUAGAAAUUUUCACCAAUUUGUCAUCAUUAAGGACGUCGAUAUUUGCAAUUUAUUCAAAACAGCCAAUGAAAAACCAAUUAUUUUCUUUACCGAUUGCAUGCAAGUUGCACCAGGAAUUUGUCAUCAAUGUCCUUAUACUGGAAGUUUAAAAUAUAACAGUUCAUUUACUUAUGAUCAAUAUUGUCCUAAAAUGGGAGAUUCACGUAAUCCGAUGCUUGAAACUUUUUCAUUUUGGCCUGAUGGUGAAUAUAAGCAUAUAGUCACUAUUGUGAUUCCUAACAAUGAAGUUGUAGUUGUGACUUUUUAUAUAAAUAUAAAAACUGGAAGUCAAUCAGAGUUUUAA